AUGAAACUUUUCCACCUUUUCACUCUCACUCCAUUAAACAUUUCUCAUUCGCUUUAUUGCCCUCUUGGGCUGUCACAAACAAGUGUGGCCAACUCUGGGCCACGCCCAUACAAGCCCACACACGCCCAUUAUCCCGAAAUUUUCCAGGGGUUUCCUUCGUACUCCUCGAAGUACGGCAAUGUCUUCUGGCCACGCUGGCCAAUUUAA